CGUAGGUCAUGUGAACAUAUCUAUUUUCAGUUCAAAAUCUAGAACAAAGGCUAGGAAUUUUAGCUGGUGAAGAACCUGUUCAUUCCACAAGUGUGAAGAGAGGAGCAAAAAGAAAUAAUGCCGUCGUACAAAUUGUCGUAUUUCAAAGGAAAAGGAAGGGGUGAACUAGCUCGAUUGAUGUUUGCUGCGGCAGGUAAAGAAUACGAAGACGAACGACUAGCCGGGGAAACAUGGCUGGCAUUCAAACCAAAAACACCAUAUGGUCAGAUGCCAGUUUUGACAGUAGACGGGACAAUGAUCAACCAGAGUGGUGCCAUUUUCCGUUAUCUAGCUCGAGAUUUAGGAUUGUAUGGUAAGACUAAUAUGGAGAAUACUACAUGUGAUAUUUUUCUGGAAACAAAUAACGAUGUCAUUCAAGAUAUGAUAAAAUAUUUUUAUGAGAAAGAUGAAACAAAAAAGGCAGAAGCAUUAAAACAUUUAAAGGAGAACACACUACCUAAGUUCUUGAAGUACAUAACAACAGUUUUGGAGGGAAAUGGCAACAAAUAUCUCGUUGGAUCUGACCUGACAUUAGCGGAUAUUGCAGUAUUCGAUAUUUUAGACCGAUUCAUAUCUGAUGCAACAUUUUCCGGUUUCCUAAACGAUUUCUCCGCUGUACAGAGCCUUGUCGAUAGAGUAAAGACAGUUUCAAACAUCAAGAAGUACCUGGAAAGCCGGCCAACCGAUUUCUAGGUGUCAUUGUGUGUCCGAAUAUUUUGUUGUUGUUUUGUUGUAGAUAGACGUGGAUACAGAUUCAUACAUUCUACUCAUUUGUUUAUGAGUAGAAAAGACAUCUCAGUGUUGUUGUCCAUUAAAGAGCUUUUUUUGAUAGAAA